CUUGCACCCCUGUGUGUGUGUGUCUUGAUGAGUAAAUGUGGUUUGUGAUGCUGAGGUGCCAGGCUGUGAAUUCUGCAGAGAGGAAGCUCCUGUGCGUGGGAGAAGGACGCAGAACCAUGGGUGCACCUUCAUUGUCAAUGACAUACCAAUAGCCUCUCAUGCAGUCACAUAUAUAGUAUAUUACCAUGGAUACCCCCCCCCUGGCAAUAAAUUAGGUGCUCGUUACACUGGAUAUUGAGUCUGGAUAGUGAAAUAAGAGAUUAUUAUGGCAAGGAAGCUGCAGUCGGUAUCAGUGUGCAAUCAGACACCGUGCAUCUCGUUGUGUCAUUAGCAUAUCAAGUAGGUGAUGCUCAAUUAUUCCCCCUGCAGGUGGGUAUCACUGAGGGAAAUGAUGAAUUCAUGUGCUGAAUCAUAUGGCAGUCAGGUGCUGGAGGAGAAUAAUCACAUGCAAAAUAGUAAUAAGGCACUCAGGGCAUUGAGAGAGGCAGGUGGCACAGGAAUUCAGGCAGAGAAAUGAAUUUAUGCCAUGCUGACUGGCAGGAGCUGAGACAGAGAGAUGUAAGCAGAAUGAGCAAAUGGAAUCUGAAACAAUGGAAUAAAGAAUAGAAAAGUUGGUAGAGCUUGUUAUAUUGGCAUUCUGCUGUAAAUAUGGCCAGCAAUUACAGAAUAAGGAGCUAUAAAGGGGAAAAAUGAGCUAAUGGAAGAUGUGCUGCAGUCAGGAGUCUAUAGAGAAAAUAAGGAGCCAGGGGAACUACUGCAAGAAAGAAACUGGAGCUGAGUGGGGGAAGCACUGCAGAGGGAGCGAGGAGCUGAGCAGGUGGGGCACUGCAGUUAGGAAGCUAUAGAGAGAACAAGUAGCUGAGUGCGACACAUUGCGGAAAGAAAGCUCCGGUUUGAUGUGGUGCCCAAGACUGCAGAGAACUUCCUUAAACUAUGCACAGGGGAGUGCGGCUAUGGUUACAAAGGCUGCACUUUCCACCGCAUCAUCAGCAACUUCAUGUGCCAGGGAGGUGACUUCACAAACCACAAUGGUACUGGGGGCAAGUCCAUCUAUGGUGGCAAAUUUGAGGAUGAAAACUUCAUUCUGAAGCACAGUACACCAGGUGUCCUCUCCAUGGCCAAUGCAGGGCCAAACUGCAAUGGCUCCCAGUUCUUCAUCUCAACCAUCAAAGCUGAAUGGCUGAAUGGAAAGCACGUGGUCUUUGGUCAUGUAGUUGAGGGGAUGGAAGUCGUCAAGAAGAUGGAAAGUUAUGGAUCGAACAGUGGCAAAACCAGCAAGAAGAUACUUAUCUCUGACUGCGGGGUCCUUCAAGAUACACCCUCUGUGUGACCCUAAAAAGGAAAAGAGUAUGACCCAUAGUAUUGUACCUUCCCACUCUUUUGAUCUGAGGUCCCAAAAGAUAAAGAUAAAACUUAACUUUUACUAAUAACCAACUAAAAAUGAUAUGAAGCGAAAAAAGUGUAUAUUAAUAUGUUUAAAAGCAAGGUUAGGUACGGAAGCUGAAUAGACACGAGGUCAGCAGCUAAUAAACGGUUAUCAUAAAUUGA